AUUCGCACUGCAAUUAAAAAGUAUUAAUACCUUGGGAUUUCCCCCCCCUCCUUUGCCUGGCACCGUUACUUCUUCUCCUCAUCUCCCCUCCUCUUAACAUCCCCUUCUAUACCAACACCACUCCUCCCUAGUGAUACCCCAUUUCUUGUUUCUUCAUAUCCUCCCUCAACAUGGCUGACCUUUUCACCACCAUCGAGACUCCCACGGCCAAAUACGAGCAGCCUUUGGGCCUGUUCAUCAACAAUGAGUUCGUUAAGGCUAAGAGUGGCCGCACUUUCGAGACCAUCAACCCCACCAACGAGAAGCCGAUUGUAGCCGUCCAGGAGGCGGACGAGAAUGAUGUCGAAGAUGCUGUCAAGGCGGCCCGUGCUGCCUUCGAGGGCGAGUGGAGGAAGGUGACUCCCACCGAACGUGGCCGCCUGCUCACCAAGCUGGCCGACCUCUUCGAGCGUGAUAGCGACAUCCUGGCUGCUAUUGAAUCCCUUGACAACGGCAAGGCCUUCACCAUGGCUAAGGUCGACGUUGCUGGCGCCGCCGGCUGCCUUCGCUACUACGGUGGCUGGGCCGAUAAGAUUCACGGCCAGACCAUUGAUACCAACCCUGAGUCUCUUACCUACACCCGCCACGAGCCCAUUGGUGUCUGUGGUCAGAUUAUCCCCUGGAACUUCCCUCUUCUGAUGUGGUCCUGGAAGAUUGGACCUGCCGUCGCUGCCGGUAACGUCGUUGUCCUCAAGACCGCUGAGCAGACCCCUCUGUCUGGUCUCUAUGCCGCCAAGCUCAUCAAGGAAGCUGGCUUCCCCGCUGGUGUGGUUAACAUCCUCUCUGGCUUCGGCCGUGUCGCCGGUGCUGCUAUCUCCAGCCACAUGGAUAUCGACAAGAUUGCCUUCACUGGUUCGACCCUGGUUGGUCGUAUGAUUCUCCAGGCUGCCGCCAAGAGCAACCUGAAGAAGGUCACUCUUGAGCUGGGUGGCAAGUCCCCUAACAUUGUCUUCGACGACGCUGACAUCGACAACGCCAUCUCGUGGGCCAACUUCGGUAUCUUCUUCAACCACGGCCAGUGCUGCUGCGCUGGUUCCCGUAUCCUGGUCCAGGAAGGCAUCCACGACAAGUUCGUUGCCCGCUUCAAGGAGCGCGCCGCCGCCAACAAGCUCGGCAACCCCUUCACUGCCGACACCUUCCAGGGUCCUCAGGUUUCGCAGCUGCAGUUCGACCGCAUCAUGGAGUACAUCAACCACGGCAAGCAGGAGGGUGCUACCCUUGUCACCGGUGGUGAGCGUCACGGAACCGAGGGUUACUUCAUCCAGCCUACUGUCUUCGCCGAUGUCCACAGCGACAUGAAGAUCGCCAAGGAGGAGAUCUUCGGCCCCGUCGUCACCGUUCAGAAGUUCAAGGAUAUUGAUGAGGCCAUCAAGAUCGGUAACAGCACUUCAUACGGUCUUGCUGCCGCCGUCCACACCAAGAACGUCAACACUGCCAUCACCGUCUCCAACGCUCUCCGAGCUGGAACCGUCUGGAUCAACUGCUACAACAUGAUCAACUACCAGGCACCCUUCGGUGGCUUCAAGGAGUCGGGUAUUGGCCGUGAACUGGGCUCCUACGCCCUCGAGAACUACACCCAGGUCAAGACUGUGCACUACCGCCUGGGUGAUGCUCUCUUUGCUUAAAUGAAAUUUAUGAUGAAAUAAUGAAAUAAUUUACAAGUUCCAUUUUGGCGAUGCCUUUUGAUCUUUGCCAUUUCAUGUAAACAUAGGAUAUGAAUUCACGAUGAAAUUGUGACUACCCA